UACCUGACGAGGAAUGCCGAGUGGUUUCAUGAAUAUGUAUGAAUGUGUAGCUGGUGAGUUUGUUACCUAUUUUGUAGUCUUCAGUAAUACAGUAACUAUCACACGAAUCACUUCGUUGCGUUAUAUCUUACAUGGUGUCAGAGACGUCAGCUCUCGCCCGCAAUCGGAAACACCUACAAUGUCAGGACUAAAACCACCAGCGCAGUUAAGCCUUGAAGGCAAUCUUCAAGCUAACUACCGAAAUUGGAUACGUUCAUUCGAAGUCUACAGCAUAGCAUCGGGUGUCGCCGAUAAAGCUGAGGUGGUCCAGUGUAACGUCUUCCUUCACGUUGCCGGACCGGAGGCCCAAAAGGUUCACGCCACGAUGGAGUUCGCCGAGGCAGACGUGGACCAGAUCGCGCCACUGAAGGCGAAAUUCGCCGCAUUCUGUGAAGGGAAACGGAACAUUACAGUUAUCCGGUACCAAUUCAAUUCUCGGACGCAGAAAGACGGCGAAUCAUUUGACUCAUUUCUCACGGAGUUGAAACAACUUAUCAAGGACUGUGAAUUUGGCGACGCUCUACGAGACUCUCUACUCAGAGACCGGGUCGUUUGCGGCAUCCGUGACGAGACCACGCGCGAGAAACUUCUGCAGACCGAGGACCUUACCCUGGAGAAGUGUGUCAAUACGUGUCGCAUUAGCGAAUCAAGCGCUAAUCAACUUAAGACGCUGACUGAUACGAAAGAAAAAGACGUCGACGCCGUCGGAAGAUCAUUCCAAAAUAGUACGGCAUACGGUCGCGGCUCCCAUGAUCGCAGCCGAAACAAACAUCGCGGAACAUUUGACAAACGAUCACAAUCGGAAAAAUGUGGAAACUGUGACGGACAAGCUCAUGCUGACUACACACAAUGUCCGGCAUACGGCAAGGAAUGCGGAUAUUGCCGCCGCAUGAACCACUUCAAAGCAUCUUGCCGCACACUGGCAAGAUCAGAGAAACAACGCGUACGUCCUCAAGCUCCAUCGUCAUCGAGCAUUCAUGACGUAACCCUGGAAUCACGUAAUAACGAUCCGACCGUUGAGCCGUCCGUCGAUCCACCUCGUAAAAUCCCGUACGCGAUUGAGGACGUCGUCAAAACCGAACUGGAUCGAAUGGAGGACCUGAAAGUAGUGAUCAAAGAAAACGAACCAACCCCAUGGGUCAAUAGUAUGACUGUCGUUCGAAAACAAAACAAUAAGGUGAUGGCCUAAAGGUCAGCCAGGAUCGCGUAAGUGACAUCACCAACAUGCCGACACCGUCAUGUAAAGAGGACAUUAGGAGAUUCAUCGCCAUGGUGGGAUAUCUUGCGAAAUUCAUCCCCAACCUCUCACAAGAAACGAAACCACUACGUCAAGUCCUCGAAGAAAAAGUCGAAUUUCAUUGGGAGGAUCUCCAAGACCGAGCAUAUAAGAGACUGAAACGUUUGAUCACAAACACGCCCGUGCUGAGUUUCUAUGACGUCAAUAAACCCAUCACGCUUCAGGUUGAUGCCAGUAAAUCUGGAUUAGGCGCAGC